GCUCGUGGAGUCACGUCGAGUUUGUGUAACCUCGAAGUCGGUUCAUCCGAGCAAAAUGAUCCUUUCGCUGGCCGUUGCCCUGUACCUUGCCCUGCUCGUCAGCUUCGUCUACAAAUUCGUCGUCUACCCUCUCUUCCUUUCCCCGCUCUCCAAGCUCCCAAGAGCUCACCCCACGUCUCCCAUACUGCCCGCUUGGUAUUGGUAUCAAGUGCGCAGAAAGCAUGAGACGCGAAGCAUAGUUGAAGCCCAUCGCAAGUAUGGGCCUGUCGUGCUCCUGUCGCCAAAUGAGAUUUCCGUUGCUUCUCUCGAUGGCCUCAAGAAGAUCUACAGCGGCCGGCGCUUCAAGCGUCCAGGUUGGUUUGUGCUGUCCUUCACAAACUACAACACCAAGAAUCUCGUGACCAUGUCCGACACAAACGAGCAUGCCAAGCGAAAGAAAACGAUGCUCCAAAUCUACAACAAGGCUGCCGUCAUUCGAUCCGUUGAUUUUCACAAGCUGUCGUCAGUAAUCCUGAGCGAUCGCCUUUUGCCUGUUCUCGACGCUGCGGCACAGACAGCCAAGGGCGUGGACGUCUAUGAACUGAUGCGAGCCGUUGCCGCUGAAAUCGGAAGUGCCUACGAGUUUGGGCUGCAAAACGGCCUCGACUUGGUGAGGAUCGGACGCGAGGAGGCCAGGAAGGAGUAUCUCAAACACACAUGGAACAAGAUGCAAGAGGUCGGCGACCACAAGGCUUCCAAAAAAUGGCUCGAGGUCCACUGCCUAGAGAUUUGUACCAAGACGGACGCAGAACUGAAGGGUGCUACGCUCAAAAAUGAAAACCCCAUCCCAAGCUCUGAGCGAACAUUUCCCGUUGCCUAUGCACACCUUGAUGCCGCUACUACGACCGAAUACCCCACUCUGAGCACUUCGGAGAAGCUGCGCAUGGUGGCGUCGGAGAUGCUGGACAACCUCGAGGCAAGUCGAGAAGCUGACGGAGUCGUUUUGACGUAUGCCAUGUAUGAGCUUUGCAGGCAACACCAAAUUCGAGAACAGCUUCGGAAAGAACUAAACGGCGUCAAACUCUUUGCGAACGCGCUGCCGCGUUCGCUCUCGGUAACGUCUGAGCUGCUACAAAGCCUAGAUCGCUUGCCACUGCUAGACGCCAUCAUCAAAGAGACCAUGCGACUGUAUUCUGUUGCACCAGGUCUGCAGCGGCGAGAUGUGCCGCCCGGCGGUGUGACUGUCGAUGGGUACUUCAUUCCCGCUGGCACAGUAGUCGGAACGUCGCAACGGGCGCUUCAUCGGAAUGAACAAGUCUUUACGAAUGCGGACGCCUGGAUACCCCAGAGGUGGAUGAAAUCCGCGUCCGAAAGGGCGUCAGGAGAGUUCGAUCCCGCGAAGUGGUGGUGGGCCUUCGGGAGCGGCGCGAUGGCUUGCUCUGGUAAGGACUUCGCACUGAUAGUGAUGAAGCUCAUUCUCGCGACCAUAUACUUGAAAUUUGAUACCGAAAUUGUCGACGACACAGGUAUCGAGCAAAUCGACGACGGAUUUAUGUCUGCCCCGGUCGGAAACCAGCUCAUUCUGGGUUUCAAAAGUGUCAAUUGACUCCUUCGAAGCAGGUGUUAGCUGGAGUGGAUACUUUAAUUUUCACGACAAAGUUCUUGCUUAGCCCAGCGCGGCGGUGAUGGUCGGUGAUACAAUUUGUUCAGUACGCUGGAAUCAUAGCUUGGCGAAACGGAAGCCAUCUUUUUGUUCCCAGUGUCAAGCAGAAGUGCUCCUGAAGCCAUAUUCGCUGUUCAAUUCGGAGCUGCCAAUCCUCCGUCUCUGCCUCGUCUUCGAUCGGGAUACUGAACGCAUACCACGAUCCGAUCGGCCGAAAGUUGAGCGCCGACUGCAUCCAGAUGUACUGAUGGUAGUAUAGGUCCCAGAUCGAGAGAGGAACAGGCAGGAAGGACUGUGGCUGGCUUAGUGAAGAGUCUCUUUUGUUUUUCGCUUGCGGUCAGAGUCGUUAGCUUCCCACUCGAUCCUUCCAUGGACAAUCGAAAAUGCUCACGUUUCUUAGCCGCCCUUCUUUGCCUUGCGAGCUCCCUCUCAGCCUCAGCCAUAUCUCCCCGGAGCUCAAG